GCACAUGGUACAGUUCAUGUUUAUUUUACACAUUUAUAUAUAUGUGCUCGGCAUCAGGUAGAUAAGUGCAGACUUUCAUUGGAAUUGUUUAUAUUCAAGAUUUUCUAGAAAUGGAAUAUAUCAUUAUUUUGACAGUAAUGUUAUUUUCAAUUACCAAAGUGAUUCCUCAAGACAAUUUGAAGAAACCUAUUUUUAAUGCUAUGACUCCGUAUUUUUGGGUAAAAAAUAUCAAUGAAACUAUUCCGGAGAAUAAAGACGGAUCAUUUGUGUAUGGAGGACAUUCAUGUCAUAUUACAAAUUUUAACUACUUAUUCAGACACGCUGCUAGAUAUCCAUCUUUACCAUGGAUACAAAAAAUGGAUAACAUCUCCACAAUAUUAAGAGAGGAUCCAUUUGUUGUUGCAAAACAUCCGUUUAUAGGUAACUGGAGAACCACAUUUCCAAAAAGCAAACAGUAUCAACAGUCUGUCGUUGGAGAUAGAGAAAUGCUUCAGCUCGGGGAAAGAUUUGGCAAAAGAUUUAGAAACAAUGUACGCAAAAAUGCUGGCAAGAUUAUGUUUGAAACGACGUCGAAAGAUAGGACAAAGCAAAGCAAAAGCAAGUUUUGUCUGGGUUUAGAGAAUGUGAUAGGUAAACAUUCAAUGACAACAUCUACGGACGAUAGAUUACUGAGGUAUUACGAAUACUGUGGUAAAUACAUAAAAGAGGUUGACCAAAACAACGAAACUUUGACUGAAUUUUACAAAUUCUUAAAUGGAGAUGAAAUGAAAUCUGUUGUUAACAAAGUAAGACAGAAAAUUGGAACUUCUGAAAUCGAACCAGCGGAAGUUGUUACCAUUCAACAAAUAUGUGCGUUUGAACUUGGUAUCUUUGAAAAAUCAAAGUGGUGUCAAUUCUUUGAGAUGGAAGAUCUACUGAUCAUUGACUAUCUAAUUGACAUUCGUAACUACUGGGAGAUGGGAUAUGGCUACAAUAUAAAUUGGCAGACAUCUUGUGCAUACACGUCACGGCUGUUUAAAAUGUUUAGAAAUGUUGUUUAUGGAAAACCACCAAAUGAGACAUACCCUGAACCCUUUGUAGUACAGUUUGGACAUACUGAUACUAUUAUUCCACUGUAUACGGCUUUUGGGCUGUUCAACGACUCACAGAAAAUUUUAGCCGAUAAUUACCAAAUGAACAAGAACAGAACAUUUAGAACAAGUUUGAUUGGUCCAUUUUCAGCCAAUCUUGGGUUUGGAUUAUACAAAUGUGACACAACCAUGGAUUACGUAAUUCGACUAUUUGUAAACGAGGAACCAGUAGUUAUUCCUGCAUGUGGACAGACCAGUUGUCUGUUUUCACAAUUUGAAAGAUAUUACCACCAUCUUGCGAACUGCAAUGUUAAACAGAUAUGUGAAGUUAAUACCAACAUGACCAGUAACAGUUUCAUUACGAGUUCAGACUUGUUGCUGGUAUUGCUAUUGACUUAUUUAUCUUGUAUAAUGAUACUGUUAAAAUAAUAUUUCUAGUUAUCAUUGACUUUACAAAAAAAGUAAUGCAAAAUAUAUAUAUUGCAAUAUUAUUGAAAAAAGAACUAUAAAGACAGUCCGAGACAUACAAUCUUUGCAUGUUGCAUUAAAUCUUCAAAACACAUGUAAACAAUUUUGAGUUGUUCAAUUGUAAUAGCAAAGUCGAAGAGAAACCCUAAAUCACUACACACACACAAACAAGACUGAACACAACGAGCUCCACAUGCAUGCAAAGACUAGUUAUUGGACUUGCCAUAAAACAGUAGUUCCAUUAUAAUAUUAGUUAAAAACUGAAGGAAUAUUCUGGAAUAUUAUAUUAUUUCCACUGGAAGAAAUGUUACAGUGUUAGUUCCAAAAGAAAGAAAAAAAGGUUACAAGUCAUGGUCAAUUAUAAAUUAAAUUACCAAAAAAACGUUUAUUGUUUUA